AUGUCGGAGAUACAAGAAGAAAGCAUGUAUACGUCCGCACCCGACUUGGAAGAAAAGCUGCAUCCCGAGGUCCCCGAGGAAAAGAUGGAGCUAGAUGCAAUUAACGGCGGAGACGUCUCAAGUGCGACUUCGAGCCACAAGCUGAACGGAGAUACCCAAUCUGUGCAAGGCAAUGACGAUGACGCUCCGACGUCUAAUCCCGAUGAAAGAUCGGCGGUGCAGCAUUCAUCCCCAGACAUGGAAAUGUCGGCAACGAAUCCACAGACAGAUACAAAAGACAUAUCUGGGCCAGUAUCACCUGCAUCUGAAACGUCCGUCGACGACAAGAAGACCAGCUUCUCCAAGUCUAGUGGUCCGACAGGAGUGCCACCGAUCGACCGAGAAUUGGACUGGUCGGGGAAUGCUCAUCCAUGGGAUUUUUCGGGUCGACGAUUGCGGCCUCAAUAUCCGUCCGCUACAUUCCAGCCAUAUUCAGUAUUCAAGGGUACCCAACAAUCUGACAGGCAAAUCUACAACGUGGAGGUCACAAUUCUCACAGUAGAUCUUGAGCAGGCCAGCAUGUCCGGAUAUCUACAGAUCUGUGGUCUUACGCCCGAUCAUCCCACAUUGACAACGUUUUUCACUGGUGAGAUUAUCGGAGGGCCAGAUCAGAAGUAUAGCUUCCGAACAAGAGACGCCAGUUGGGGCGCCAGUGACAAGACUGACCUGACGCAUUGGGCGAGAUUUGCGGCAUGGCGACCACUCAGCCUACACGCCAAGCGAAACAUUAAUUUUGUAUAUCCGAUGAAUCAUGAGGAUUGGUGGCAACAAGAACAUAUCUUCAUGAGAUGGAAGGAGCAUUUUCUAGUUCCGGACUAUAAGCUGAAAAGUAUCCAAGGAGCCAGCUUUGAGGGCUUCUAUUAUAUCUGUUUUAAUCAAAUCGAGGGUCGCGUGAGUGGAAUCUACUUUCAUUCUAAGAGCGAGAAGUGA